AUGUACACUUCUGUGACUUCGGGCAGGACAAAGUUGAACUUUGAAAGGCGUGUCAUCGGAGCAUCUUCUAGGCUACAGCGUGAUGCCUACACAGGGGCGCAUGCUGACUGUGCGCGGCCAAACUGCAACAGUGCGUUACUGGUGUCUUAUAACUUAAGUAGCCCCUCACUUGCUAGUGCGCCGCGUUCCGCGCAGAGCUGUGGAAUGGAGGUCUUGACAGCCGACCCUCCGCUGUUGCUGGAUAGUGGCACCUCCUCACUGAGCCACACGCGGCACCAGAGUUCGUCGCUUUGCCUCUGCAGGGACGUCGACUGCUACGUGCAGGAUGAUAGUGUCGUGGUGGAGGCGGGGGAGUCGAACAGCCCGGUGGAGGGCCCAACAUCUUCUGAGUCGUUUCCAGUGCGCAUUGCCCCCGCGUUAUUGGCAAAGGAAUGCUUCCCGGCGACCUCAUGCGAGGGACGGUUUACCCCCUCGCCGGAGAUGUCGCCCGGCGGCCGCGCCAAGAAGGAGCCCGCGAAGGAAAGCGAUGGUGGCAGCAACAAGUCCGCUUCGCGGUGGCGUCACUGCAGCCUGUCUGGUGUGACGCACAGCAGUGUCACACGUUCGCAGGAUUCCGAGGAAAAGGGCCCCAUGCAUGUUAGCCUUGCGCACAAGGCGCUUAUAGGUAAAGGCAGUUUUGGAGUUGUCUUUCAGGCAAUGGAUCGUGACACGAACCACAUUAUAGCCGUCAAGGAAAUCGCUUUUUUGAAUGGGACGGAGAGCAAGGCACUGGAGGCAGUGCGGAAGGAGCUUGCACUACUCAAGCUUCUUGACCACCCACACGUUGUGAAGUGCCUGGGGGAGGAGUUGGACGAAGGUUGCCUGCGUAUCUACAUGGAGUACGUUUCUGGGGGCAGCAUCAGCAGCGUUCUCCGCAUCUUCGGCCCCUUUCAGGAGAAGCAGGCCUCCAUCUAUACAAGGCAGAUGCUGGAGGGGUUGUCUUACCUGCACAGUAGGAACAUCAUGCACCGCGACCUCAAGGGAGACAAUCUCCUUGUGGAUCCAAAUGGCACACUAAAAAUAUCUGAUUUCGGCACCGCAAAGAAUCUUCUGGACCCUAAUGUUACCUUGGCGCCGGCGGGAACGGCGUAUUUCAUGUCGCCGGAGGUAAUUCUCUCCCAGGAUGUGGGGCUGAAGAGCGACGUGUGGUCUGUUGGCUGCUGCGUGAUUGAGAUGUUGACGGGGAGACCGCCCUUUUCGGCGGUGAAGAAUCAGUACGCCACGAUGAUGCUGGUGGCGGAGACGGAAGGGGAGUUGUUUCCCAGCAUGCUUCCAAAGGGGCACAAGUUUUCUGCCGCGGCGAUGGCUUUUUUGCGGAGGUGCUUGCAGCGAGACCCCGCGGCGCGCGCGGCGGCGCAGGAGCUUCUGAGUGACCCAUGGAUUCUGAACCCGCCGGAGGGUGGGGACUCCACGCACCGUAGCCAUCGCCCCAGCAAUGAGACGACCCCACCUGAUGGAAGCAGCAGCGACAGUGCCGAGACGCAGAAGGCCUUUCCACAGCAGGAGCCUCCGGUGCUGCAGAAGCGGCAAGAAGAUGCUGCUGCUGCGCCUCUCCCCACCUCGGGAGCCCACAAACGCCGGUCGGCGAAGGCGGGGCGGCGGCGGCGGCAGCAGCAGCAGUAG